AUGACGUUCUCCGGUCUACCAGUAAGCGAACCCGCUGACGCAGCUAAGUUUGCGAAGUUCCAAACUCUAAUCGACAAGUAUAAUCACGACAAAUGGGCUCAGAUGGAACGGUUUGAUCCCGAGUUUUACCGUCUAUGCCAGGAAAGGAUCCCCAGCGCAGCGGAACUGGACUCGGAGCCCAUAGACGCACGCUUAUUUGUCACUAAGCCGGGACUCUUGAGUGACUCAGAGCGGGAGAUUGUAAACGAACUCACCAUCGAUGAUCUACUGCGCAGGCAAUUGUCAAGAGAGCUGACCGCUGAGCAAAUCGCAAGAGCCUAUAUCAAAUCGGCCAUUGUCGCCCAAUUCGCGACAAAUUGUGUGAUGCAGUUUCUGAUUCCCAGCGCUUUGAAGAGGGCUAAGGAGCUGGAUGAGUACUUGAGGGUGCACGGCGUGCUGAUGGGGCCUAUGCAUGGCGUUCCGAUCUCCCUGAAAGAGCAGAUGGGAUACGAGGGACAGCCCACUACGGCGUCGUAUGUCUCGCUGAUCGAGAACGUCGUCAAGAGGAGCACGGUAUCGAACCAGAUUUUCUACAAGAUGGGAGCCGUGUACCACGCGCGCACUAGCCAACCUCAGACGAUUAUGCAGCUCGACACCUGGAACAAUAUCACUGGAAGGACAAGAAACCCAUGUUGCACUAGGCUCUCGCCCGGCGGGUCCUCCGGCGGCGAGUCUGCUAUGGUGGCCAUGCACGGUUCUGCCCUAGGAAUUGGCAGCGAUAUUGGCGGUAGCGUCCGCUGUCCAGCGGCAUUCACCAACCUGUUUGGACUCAAACCAACCACCAAGAGACUCUCUUCGAUGAACGGUGUGUCGGGCGGGAAGGGACAAGAGUCGAUCCCCUCGACAGAGGGCCCCAUUGCCAGGUCCAUCGAAGAACUCGAACACUACAUGAACGUGUACGUCAACCAGGGCAAACCAUGGACGUACGACCCCAACAGCUUGCCCAUCCCAUGGGACACCGCCGCGAGCGCGGGACCAAGACCCCGUAUCGGAGUGCUCUUUAGCGACAACCUCGUGACCCCGUACCCUGCCAUCAAGCGUGCCAUGACACAGAUCGCCAAGCGUCUCGAGUCCAGCUUCGACAUCGUCGAUCUCUCAGACGCCUGGUUCACCGAACAGGAAAUGCUCUCCAUCUACCGCACCAACAUCUCCCUCUACACCGCCGACGGCAACAGAUCCCAACUCGAACUCCUUCUCCCCAGUGGCGAGCCCCUUCUGCCCCUCACCGAGCAUUUCCUCAACUUUGGCGGCGGCAAGGAACUGUCCAUCUACGAGAACCGCAAACUCAACGUCCUCAGAGACGCUGCUAGACUAGCCAUCUUCGAAAAAUUCUUCUCCCGCGAAGCGCCAGCCAGUCUCCAACUGGACUUCAUCCUCUCGCCGGCCAACGUCGCCCCCGCAGAGAUCCCAGGCCAGAGCAAGUACUGGGGCUACACCUCGCUCUGGAACCUGACUGACUACCCAAACGUCGUCUUUCCCACCACCUACAAGCAGGACCCCCAACAGGACAUUCUUAUCUCCGCGAACUCCCUCAAGGAAAACGAGUUUGAAAAAAUGGUCUGGUAUAAGCAAGACGGUACCACCAUCAGAUACAACCCUACUGCCUACACUGCUGCUCCGGUAGCAUUGCAGCUCACCGGUAUGCGGUUCCAGGACGAGAAAAUCGUCUCCGCAGUUAAGAAGAUCUCCCACAUCCUCGGUAUCACUAGAAGAUAG